AGCCAAUCAAAGGAAACACCGCGCACUGCCCGUCCCGCACAUCUCGAUGACAAGCCAUGGAAGAUCUUGAAGACUUGCUGUCGGAGACCGACGGCGAAGGUCACCUGAACUUGCCCUCGGGGCAGUUCAGCUUCGCGGCCAUCCGUCGGCACCUGGGCAAGGCCCAGGCCCCCCCAGGCUCCGGUGACAAGGAUGAGUACAUUGACUGGGAUCCGCAGCUCACCAAGGGCCUUUGGGACAUCUCCGCGCUGGGGCUUCAGGACUACCGGCAUGCGGACGACUUAGAGGAAGAAGAGGAGGAGGAAGAAGAGGAGGAGCCAGACGAAGAUGCCGACGCCGAAGAUCAGGAGGCUGAGAGCUACGCAGACCUCCACUUCCGCCGGGGUCCAGCGCGGACGGAAGAGUUCCGCGACGGCAGUAGCACCGGCUCUGGGCGAGGCUCACCACGCUAUGAGGACGAGGAAGAUCUCCACUUGGAGCCAAAGCGGGUUUCAUUGCCGCGAGACACGCGCGGCAGAAGUGCGGGCUCUGGAGGCUCACCAUCAGCUCGAGAAGCUUAUGCGGAGGAGGACUAUGAGGAUCCCGAAGACGAGCCCGAGGCAAGUCCUGAAACCAGGAACUCCAGUGAGAGGCGCGGGCUGUCGGAAGACGAGCUGUGCGCUCACUCGGCACUGGUCGGCCCACAAAGCAGUUCGCCAUCUCCCAGCUCGCCACCCAAGAAGCAGGCUUCCGUGGACCAGCCCAUUGCUGCGAGCGGCAGCUACAAGGCGCCGCCCGCCUCCGGCGCCUCAGAGGCGUCCACUGCUCUGCCGGAGGAUGCCGGGGCUCCAACCAAGAAGCCCUUCCUCCGAAAGGGAGCACGGGCGAAGUCAACGCUGCCUGGGAAUACCGGACCCUUGGCAACCAGGCCGCCGGCGCCGAAGAAGCGCGCCAUCUCCGAGCCCAGGAGCGAAAGCCACGAUGCUCAGCCCGAUAAGUUCGAUUCAAUGUGGGGGUCGAUGUCUUCCGUCCCUUCCGGCCCUGGCCCAAAGCCAAGCGAGAGGAGCGCAGCCGCCAAAACGGGAGGCGCAGUCGCCAAGAGCCAGGCACCCAAGGCCUUGGAGGUUGAGGAGACCAGCUACGCGAAGGCUGGCCAGGCUCGGCCGAGAAAAUCCGCAGCAGGCCCCAUCCAAGAUCUUCGAGCAGAUCCAGAACUGGACCUGGAAGAGGCUGAGGGGACCAGCUACGCGAAGGCUGCCCAGGCUCGGCCGAGCAAAUCCGCAGCAGGCCCCAUCCAAGAUCUUCGAGCAGAUCCAGAACUGGACCUGGAAGAGGACUGGAACGACGCAUUGCCGUGGGACUGUCGUGGAAAGGAGGAUCUCCUCGACGAGCUUGAGGAGGAGGAGGACUUGGACGGGGAGCCCCCGACCUCGGACAUUGUGAGGUCCUACUUCCACAGGCCGGCGCCUGCUUCCUCUCGGGUGCCUGCCUCCAGGCCGAGCCCUCACUGGGAGGGCAGCGAUGCCUUCUCCGCCCUCUACGGCAGAUCUCCAGGGGAGGGCAGCCUCGCGGGCGCACAGGCGGAAGGCCGCCGCAAAGCAGGCAGGAAAAGUCAGGGCCCCGAGACCUCACGCGCCGAGCGCGAGCGUGCAGAGCGGCGGGAGCGACCAGAUGAUGAGGCGGCGGCGGAGGCGAAGGCUCGGCUGACGGCCUUGGACGAGGAGCUGAAGAAGUACGAGAAGGAGAACGAGACCUUGAAGAAACUCCAGGCAUCGGCGCGAAACGCGGAGCGCGACAUCGCGCGGGAGCGCGAGAAGCUGUGGAAGGAGGUGGAGGCAGAGCGGACGGCUCUCCAUGCGGAGUUCGAUGUGGAGCGCGCCGCGUUGCGGAAGGAGAGGCGGCGCCUAGCUGAGGCGGCAGACAGGCAGAGGCAACAGUUGAAGGAGGAGAAGGAGGCGCAGGAGGAGCGGCAAAGGCUGCAGGAGAAAGCGGACCAGCUAGAAGAGGAGAUGAAGGAGAAGGAGAAGAGGUGGCAGCGGACGGUGGACCGCCUGCAGCGCCAAGUCACCGAGUUCACCAAGAAGAACUCGGAGCUCCAAGAGGAGGUGAAGCGCCUGAACCAGCAAGCGGCGCAAGCCCAGCAGUCCAGCUGGCUGAAGGAGGUGGCUGCCGCGAAGCGCGGGCUGUCUGCCAACCGGAAGCGCAGCGGCAGCGUAGGCCCUGCCGUGACGAACACUGUCAGCUCUGGCAGCUCCAACGCCGCAGGCCGCAUGGAAAGCGUGGCGAGCGCCGCAAGCGCCCCAAUUGGCGGGGCCAGUGGAACCAGCGGGGCACCGCCCCCGUCCACUGCAUUGCGGGGCACGGAGACAGCCAGGCCGCGUGCCGCGAGCGCAACUCCCAAGGUGUCUGCCACAGAGGAGGUUAGAGAGACCCGGAGAUUAGACGGCCGCGUGGAGCGAAUCUUCGGGGACGGCCGGCGCGAGGUGGAGUUCUCCAAUGGCCUGAAGAAGGUCAUGUGGCCGGAUGGCCAGACCUCCGUGAUGUUCCAGAACGGCGACCUCAAGGAGAUCCGGGAGGACGGCGUCGUCGUGUACCACUACCGCGCCACCGGCGCAGUACAGACGACCCUCACCGACGGCACCGAGCUCUACCAGUUCAAUGACGGCCAGACCGAGCGCCACUGCCUCGACGGGUCCAAGGAGAUUCGCUUUCCCAAUGGGACCACCAAGAAGAUUUUCGACGACGGGUCCGAGGAGGUCUGCUUCGCAGACGGAACCAUGAAGCGGACCUCAGCCAAGUGACGGAUCGGCAUGGCUUCUCUGCCGAGGGAUCUACCCGAAAUCUCGCGCCAACACCGCCCCGAAAGGGAAAUCCCG